AUGGUGGGCCCCAACGUCCAAGACCGCGCCGUCAAACUAUGCCGUGAAGCUGUCGAGUUGCUCGAUGCCGGCCACAAAGAGGCCGCAUCGAGAAACCUCCGUGAAGCCCUCUCCCUUGCACCUGAGAAUCCCGAAGUAAAAGCGGCCUUUCUCAAAAUUCGCGGCGAGGAAGAAACUGGCCAUCCUCUCUUACAUUUAUGUCAAAAAUACGCGACUGGAAAGCAUGAAGACGCCGGAAAGGAUGCUGCUCGUUUCCUGCACGCGGAUGGAUCCAAACCUCCUGAAGACGUCUCGUUAGAAUGCCUUAACCUCAUUCUAGCUAAGAACGCCGAGUCACUCUCCCCCAUUCAGGAUGAAAUCAUCUCUGGCUUGGUUAGACACACUGUCAGCGUGCGGCGCUUCUUUGCUUCACGCCUCCAGGUUUCCGUUACCACUUUUUUCGACGAGAUUUACGAUAGAGGUGACAAUGCAGUGGUUUGUCUGGAUACCGUUGUGCUCGACCCAACCCUAUGGCCGUCAGAAGCUGUUCGAUCGCACUGUGAGAGUGAGCUGUUCCAACUCUUUAUCGCAAAAUUGAUGGAGUCAGGCCACGACCAGGACGGCCGCUCUCUUAAGGGGAUAACUAGACUUUUAGCCGUCGACGCAGCGAAACUGCAACAUCUGAUAGACGAUGAAGGCUUCGACGUGAUUUUAGCAUCACUGGAUUACAGGCUCCCUCUUGACGUCCGAAGUCAAGCGACUCUAGCUACGGCUAAAUACCUUGAAGCAUCCAAAGAAGUUGGACAAAAACUCUUCUCACAGCUGAUUACAGCCAAGGUUGCAAAAGCCCGAAACGACGAUUUAAUUGUCGCCUUUUCUGCUGCUGCCGCGGUUUUCCCAAUCAUCCCAUCACUCACCUCGUCUCUUCUCUUGACGGAAGGCUUCCUACAGUCCAUUGUGCCUCUCCUCCAUCGUGAGGCAAAGUCUUCCAAAGUCGAACUGGCUCUUUUGGAACUGUUUAAUGCCGCAUGUCUGGACCGAGCUUGCCGCGAAGCAAUAAGCAAGGAAUGUGGUGACUGGCUAUCCCAUAUUCUCUCUAAUGGUACCGAUGCGAGCUCCGAGCUAGCCGCUGUUGUCCUAGCAAAAGUGAGGACAUCCGAGAAGCAAGGAAGCUCCGAAUCCGCUGCCAAAACGCACGAGGACAAUGAGUCUAGUGUCCAGGAGCUGGUUAAUCGUUUCAAGGGACAAAUGUCAGACCACAAAGUCACCAAUGUUCACAAUCCUAUAGAAGGGUUGGCGUUUUCCUCAGUCAAGCCCGAUGUUAAAGAACAGCUGGCGUACGAUCCGGUUUUUCUAAAGGGUCUUUUUCAGGUUCUGACUUCGAAUUUGGAAGAUACCACUCUAUUAUAUGGAGGACUCAUGAUAAUUGCCAACAUUACGAGAUACUUGCCGAAUUUGUCGGAAGAACAGAAGAAGAUGUCGGAGUUGAAAGCGUAUGCUGAAGCAUCCAAGAACCCUUCGACGCCCAAUGAACUGGAAGAUGACCAGCAUGUGACGGGACGCUGUGCAGCACUUAUUGAAGCCAAUAUCAUGCCCCUCCUGGUGGACUGCGGUAAAGCAAGUUUGAAGUCAAUUCAUGAUCUCACGAGCAAAAUUGUUCUGUCUUUGUCAAAGAAUGCCAAGUCAAGGGGCAAACUCGCCCAACAAGGAGCAGUCAAGCUAUUACUAUCCAUUUUGGGUCCCAAGAACGGUAGCCCUACCCCUACGUUCAACGAAACCACACACAAUGCGUCGCUUGCCCUAGCUCGCAUUCUCAUUUCUGUUAAUCCAUCCCACGUCUUUCCUUUUUCUGGGUUCCCACAGAUUACGUCUGCCAUCCGGCCUUUGGUUGCACUUCUCAGUCCUCCAACAGUUCCAUUCGCUGCAGAACAACCACGGGAUCUCCUCCCUGUGUUCGAAUGUCUGCUGGCCCUUACAAAUCUUGCUUCAUCUCCGGAUAGUACAGCAGCCGAAGCUAUUGUACGGCAAGCAUGGGAUGUUCUUGAAGAUCUACUAUUGUCAAACAACACAUUCAUUCAACGCGCUGCGUGUGAGCUAGUCUGUAACUUGAUGACGUGCGAAGCAGGCAUUGUGAAAUUUGCAGAUGGGUCAAAACGUGCCGGCCAACGCUUACAUCUGCUUCUUGCUCUAACAGACGUCGACGAUGUUGCUACACGAAGAGCAGCCGGAGGGGCUCUAGCGAUGCUAACAGAAUACAAUGCUGCAAUUGCUGCGGUGUUGGACCGACCACGCGGUGUCAAUCUCUUGCUCGGACUCUGCCAAGAGAGCAACGACGACCUUGUCCAUCGAGGAAUAGUCUCCAUUCGCAACCUGACUUGCAUCGCUUCCGGUGACAUGGGUACCCGUGCUCGCAACGCUGUCAAACAGGGAGACGGCAUUGACAUUCUCAAAAGCUGUCUCAAACGUUCUUCUAACCCGGCUAUCUUGCAAGCCGGGGUGGAGGCACUGAAGCCGUUAGUGGAGCAAAGCGCAGCCUAG